UAUCUCGUUCAGAGAUACCGUGAGAUGUCACUAUACGGCCGAUAUAAACAAAUCAUCGUGACUACUGAGGAGCUUAGUGCUUAGGUGUUUAUACUUUCCCCAGCAGCGUAUUUUCUUGCAGAUUUUCAUUUUGAACGAAAGCAAUAUUAUGUUGAAGGUGUUGGGACCAUGUGUUCACUCUAACAAACUUACAGUGUACAGUCAAAAAGUCUUUCAUUCACCUCCAUUUAACUUGCAAACCCAUCAACAAAAUAGGACGUACAAACAGAUGGACUCUUUUAAAUGGCUUCUAAACAAAGCAUACGUCAAUGGAAAAUGGAUUUCAGCAGAGAAUGGAAAAACGUUCGAAGUUACAAAUCCAGCCACCGGGGAAGUCCUUGGAUCCGUGCCUGAUAUGAAUGGAUCUGAUACAGAGUCAGCUAUAAAGACGGCGUAUGUAGCGUUCCAGAGCUGGAAGGAAAGAACUGCAAAAGAGCGGAGUGAGAUAAUGCUACGGUGGACCAAUCUUUGUAACGUUCAUAAAGAGGAUCUGGCCAAGCUUAUCACCAUGGAAAAUGGCAAACCCUUAAAAGACUCCAUGGCGGAGUUGAGUUAUGGGGUUGGUUUUUUAGAGCUGUAUGCCGAGGAAGCUAAACGUGUAUAUGGCGACAUUAUUCCCACCAAUGCAAAGAGCCGACGUUUGCUUGUUUUAAAACAGCCGAUUGGAGUGUGUGGAAUGAUAACACCGUGGAACUUCCCUCAUGCAAUGAUAACACGGAAAGCGGCGGCGGCCAUUGCUGCUGGUUGUUCAGUGGUGAUCAAGCCUGCAGAGGACACACCGCUAUCAGCCCUAGCCCUUUGUCAGCUUGCUGAAGAGGCUGGGCUUCCUGCUGGUGUUUUAAAUGUAGUCACCGUGUCGCGAGACAAUGCCCCGGAUGUAGGAAGGACUCUGUGUGAGAGCCCACUGGUCCAACACAUCUCCUUCACCGGGUCCUCUGCCGUGGGCAAGUGCCUGUUGUCACAGUCAGCCUCAACGGUCAAGAAGACUGCUAUGGAGUUGGGAGGAAAUGCGCCUUUCCUUGUGUUCGAGUCGGCUGAUUUAGAGGCAGCAGUGAAAGGAGUUAUCGCCUGUAAAUUCAGGUGUUCAGGACAGACAUGUGUUAGUGCAAACAGAAUAUAUGUACAAGAAGGCAUAUAUGACAAGUUUGUGGCUAGGUUUGCUGAAGAAAUGGACAACGAGUUAAGGACAGGAGAUGGACUCCAACCUGGUACCACUCAGGGGCCACUGAUCAACCAGAGGGCAGUUCAAAAAAUAGAUUCUUUCGUACAAGAUGCCAUUCAGCAUGGAGCCCGGCUUGUAAGGGGUGGUUCUAAGGGGCAGGGUAAUUUCUACUAUCCUACACUACUCUCAGAAGUGACGUCACAAAUGAUGUGUGCUAGGGAGGAGAUAUUUGGUCCCAUCGCUGGAGUUCUAAGAUUCAAAACAGAAGACGAAGCUGUGAUCAUGGCCAACGACACUCAGUGGGGAUUGGCUGGAUAUUUAUUUUCUCGUGACCUUAGCCAGAUCUGGAGAGUGACUGAGCGACUUGAGGCGGGUAUUGUGGGGGUCAAUGAGGGAGUGGUCCCGUGUCCCGAGGUCCCUCUCGGGGGAUGGAAAGAAUCAGGGCUUGGGAGAGAGGGAGGAAGAUAUGGGAUCGAGGAGUUCCUAGAACUGAAGUAUGUGUGCAUGGGGGGACUCUAGCCGAGAUUCUCGCGGAAAAUGAAAGAGGAUGAAUGUUAUCAAUGAUAACGUGUUCACUGACACCAGUGUAUCGAGAAGGACUUGAUAACAGUAAGCUAGCUGUAUUUUGGUGCCAUAGAAAUGUAUAAUAGUAAAAAUCAGGAAACCACAAACGCAAUGAAUACGUACAUGUAUAUUACAUGUACUAGUAUAAAAUAGUUAUGAUUAUGUUAUUACGUGUAUUUUACUGUGAAAAACAUGUAUGGUAUAUUAAUGCAUGGUAUAUUAAUAAAUAUUUGCUAUGUUCUUAAAUCUUAAUAUAAAAUCUUCAAAACCAGAGUAAAUAUUUUAUGGAUUGGCUAUUGUCACGGGAAAAGUCUACUGUUAUAUGCGAUUUUCUUUUUUGUUACAAGUUUCAUAUGUUAUUCAAUCUAAUUUCAAGUAUCUUUUGAUUUUGCUGUUUCUUGUUCAUUCAUGUGACCUGACAUUGCAUUUUAAAUACCAUGCUGUGUUCAAAUUGAUACGGAAAUAUUAUACAUACAUUUGUGUCUUUCUUUAAAAGCAUUCA